CGCCCGGGUUCCCCAUCCCAGCCUGGGCUCUGGGCACGCGCGGGCCGUUGGAGGGGGCGGGGCCGUUAGGCCUAUGUGCAAACCGGCGGCUGCUAAGUUGGAGGCGGAGUCGGACCUGAGGCUGGGCCAGGAGUCCAGCUGAGCUGGGUAGUGCGAAGGAUGCUGGAGUAUCCGUGACAGAAGCAGACAGUGUGCUUGUGGACUGGAACGCCCGGUACCAUGUCCCUGGUCCAACCAGGCAACGUGGAGGAGCUGUAUGAGCUGCAGGAUAAGCUGGGCAGUGGGCACUUUGCCACAGUUUGGAGAUGCCGGGAACGGUCCUCAGGGAUAUCUUAUGCGGCCAAAUUCAUCAGGAUGCGUCGGAGGAAAGGCAGCAGAAUAGGGAUAGAACGUAAGGUGGUAAAUCGAGAGGUGGAAAUCCUGCAGCAGCUGCAACACCGUCACAUCAUGCAGCUGCAUGACGUCUUCAUCUGCCAGGUCCAGAUGGUGCUGGUGUUGGAGCUGAUCCAGGGAGGGGAGUUUUUUGACUUUGUGGCUGAAAAGGAGUCAAUGUCAGAGCCUGAAGCCUCAGACUUUCUGUUACAACUCCUGGAUGGAUUGGUUUAUAUGCAUUCCUUGAACAUCGCGCACUUUGACCUCAAGCCUGAGAACAUCAUGCUACAGCAGAAAGAUGUUAUUAAACCUAAGAUCAAGAUAAUUGGCUUCGGAAUGGCCCAGAAAAUUGAGAAAAACAUGUGCCUCGUCAGUCGGUGUGGGCUUCCUGAGUAUGUUGCUCCGGAAGUGAUCAAGUUGGAACCUCUCACUGUUGUUGCUGACAUGUGGAGUGUUGGUGUCAUUACCUAUAUCCUGCUCAGCGGAGUGUCUCCUUUCCAGGACAAAAUGGAAAAUGAUACUGUCACUAAUAUUAUCAAAGGCACUUUUGACUAUGAGGACACCUACUUCAAUUCCACGUCAGCCAUAGCCAAGGACUUCAUCAGCCAGAUGCUGGUUAUUAACCCCAAGGAACGAAUGACAUCAUCUCAAGCUCUCCUCCACCCAUGGAUUAAGCCUCUGACCAUAAAACAGGAGAGGAAUCGAGAGUCUGCCUCGAUCAACAUAACUAACUUCCGCAAGUUCAAUUCUCAGCGUAAGUGGAAGCUCUCCUGCCACAUGAUCACUCCCUGUAGUCACUUCUGUGGAAUGAAUAUGCUCUUCUACCAAGCCAAGGAGGAUGAGGAUCUGAGAGCCUGUGAGAGCGACCAAGAGGAUUCCACAAUGCCCUCUGCCUCCCUCCUCCGCCGAAGACACAGCAGCUACUCCUGAGCCUGGAAAGCGGGGAUAGGUGGAGGAGCUGGCUCACACGCUCUUUGCCUGGUUGGAGGGAGCAAAGGGCUGUGCCAGGGGUAAUGGGAGGCAGCAUGCUGUGACUCUGUGCUACUAUACCUCAUUCCCCUGAUCUUCCAUGCUCCACCCCUACUCUCCAGCUUCAGUUUUUUUCACUCAACAUGAAGCUGAUAUUCUCCCAGUGA